UCAUUCAAGACCCUUUAUGAUUUUCAAUAUAGUUGACAGUCAAAGAGUCAAAACUCCAAACCGUGUGAUGACAACAACGUAAAUUAGCACGCAUAAUCAAUUGAAGUCUUUGAUCAAUUUAACAUCGUUCAAAACAAAAAUAACACGUGCACCGUUCAAAUUCUACGAAGCUCAAGAACCAUGGAGCUCUCUGUUACUACGACACUCCGUUUUGGAUCACAAAACCACUUCUCUCCUUUACCGUUACACAUUUCAACUAAACUGAAUAAUAAAUUACGCAACACAACAACAUUGACCGCAAAGAAAAAGUCAACCAUUGAAGGUAUCAGCGAUGAGUUGAACACAAUCGCUUCUCUUAAUCUUGAUUUUGCACCUUCUCGUAGAAAGGUUCGAGAUGCCUUCACUCAACUUCAACACCAACUAGACCAUUUCUUAUUCAAGACUGCACCUUCUGAGAUCAUCACUGAAGAAUGGUAUGAAAGGAAUUCAAGGGGAUUAGAGAUUUUCUGCAAAAGUUGGAUGCCAGAACCUGGCGUUCCAAUCAAGGGGGCUUUGUUUUUCUGUCAUGGAUAUGGGAGUACUUGUACUUUCUUCUUUGAAGGUAUUGCUAGGCGAAUUGCUGCUUCUGGGUAUGGUGUUUAUGCAAUGGACUUUCCGGGUUUCGGUUUAUCUGAAGGAUUACAUGGUUAUAUACCUAGUUUUGAUGAUUUGGUUGAUGAUGUUAUAGAAUACUAUACAAAAAUUAAAGCUAGACCUGAGGUGAGAGAUUUGCCUCGAUUUAUAUUUGGACAGUCAAUGGGUGGAGCAAUUGCUCUUAAAGCUCAUUUAAAGGAACCAAGUGAUUGGGAUGGAAUAAUCCUUGUAGCACCAAUGUGUAAGAUUUCAGAAGGCAUGUUACCACCAAAUACAGUUUUGAAGGUGUUAACUCUCUUGUCUAAAAUGAUGCCAAAGGCUAAACUAUUUCCAUACAAGGAUCUAUCUGAGCUGAUUUUUCGAGAACCCAGCAAGAGAAAAUUGGCCGUUUACAAUGUUACUUCUUACGAUGAUCCAACACGAUUAAGAACUGGCAUGGAACUCUUAAGUGCCACUCAAGAUAUUGAGUCACAAUUACAAAAUGUUUCAGCUCCAUUAUUAAUUCUUCAUGGAGCAGAAGAUAAGGUGACAGAUCCAUUGGUGAGUCAAUUUCUUUAUGAGAAAGCAUCUAGCAUGGAUAAGACACUAAAGAUUUAUGAAGGAGGUUACCAUGGAAUUUUGGAAGGUGAACCUGAUGAAAGAAUUUCAGCUGUCCAUAACGACAUUAUACAAUGGCUUGACUUUAGGUGCUCAAGAUAAUAUUGAUAGGUUAUUGGAAUGUAAUUCUGAAUUUUAUUAUGGUACUUAGGGGCACAUAUCAAUUUUAACUUUCAAUUUAUGCAUCUCUUUUUUCUCAAAAGAGACUGAGAAGGAAAGAAAGUAGGACUCAAAUGUAAUAUCAAACACUUUUCUUUUUGACAAGGUAAAACUUUUUAUCUUGUGAAUCAAAUCAUAUAUUUGUAUUUAUAAA